UUUUUGGAAUCUUCCGGACAUAUAGCUGUCAAAAUUAUACUAAUGUACCAUUUUUUAGUUUUGGCACAAAUCCUUUUUAAAAAUAAAAUUACUACAGCAAAAUGCUAAAUAAUUAUCGAUAACGACAAUACAACAUUAAAAACAUAUUUUUAAACAAAAAAAAACCUGCAAACACCUCCGUACAGUAAAACAAAUUAGUGCUAUGGUUGAGGAAACAACACAAAGCAGCCGGCCGCGCAUGAAGACCGCACGACCCAAGUCGGUGUGUCUAUGGUCGGUAACCGAUGUAAGGAAAUGGUAUAUGCGGCACUGUGGGGAGUAUCCACAAUAUCUGGAGCUCUUUUCAAAGCACGAAAUUACCGGCCGGGCUCUGCUUCGCAUCAAUGAUUAUUCACUACAAAGAAUGGGCAUCAGUGACAGCGCCGAUCGUGAGGCAAUUUUCCGUGAGAUAUUAAAACAACGACUCAAAACUGAUAUUAUGGAAAUACGUGAUAUGGAACGGGAGAUCAAUACUUACUAUAAUACAAGAUAAAUAAACAGGUUAUACAGUGUAUUAGGGAAAUCUUAGGUAAAUUGAGUGAAAAACGCAGAGCUAUGCACAAUUUUAAGACAAAACCAUUUUGAUACAUCAUACGUACGUACGUCAAAUGAAGCUGACUUUACAGCAAAUCCAAACGCACACCAAUUUUCGGCUAAGACAAUUGUAUUCCAGCAAUGUUGUACGUAAAAAGUUGUCUGAUUAGCGUCUAAUACAUUUUAGUAGUCAAAUGUUAGUGAAAAAUAAUAAUUAUAGACUAUAUAGGAUAAGUGCUUAUAAAGUUGACCGUUUCUUUGACGAUGAUCCAAAUUGUUAAAAUAGUAGAACUGCUUUGUUUUGCUUUUAAACGCUUGUCUAUGCGCAAGUUUUAUUUUGUAUUGCUAAAAUACAUACAAUUUCUCAUUUUACAAAUUUGCAAAAAAUUGACAAAAAAAAUUUAAAUUAAGACAAUUAACUGAAACACCACAUAGCAAUAAUGUGAACGGUAUUAAAUGUAAUUUAAGAAUAUACAUAGAUAUUGUGAAACUAUAUCCUUAAAAUUUUGUAAUUAAUUCGUUGAUUAGUAGACCAAUUGCACAAUAUUUCCAAUUAUUAGCCAACAAAAGACGAGUAAAAAUUCAUUAUAUUUAUAUAUACAGAUAUAUUUUUUUAAAUUUAAUAUUUAAUUGUAAAAAAUACUGUAAUAUAGUUUUAAAUAUGACUUUACGCUUUCAUAGUUUGCGUUCUGCUUAAAAAAUCUAUUUAAAAAUGAAAUUUUACGCACUUACGAUUUUAUGCAUAAUAAAAAAUAUGAAGUUAUACGAAAGUUUAUCUAA